GUUAGUUUAUUUGAAAAUCGGAAGCCGGCGGAAACGCGCGCGUAAUUACGAUGUGGGAAAUAUCUGCGAGAAAAGUACAUCACACAAUAAACUUGAACUGAUUUUUUUCUCUCCAAUGUGUUCAGUUUCUCACAUCGAAUGUGUUUUUGAGAAUAAUUGAUUAGUCUACAAAUUUAUUCAGCAAAUUACAAUGGAAAAUGGUCGUGAUCACGAACCGUUCGAAGUUGAAGAGAACAGCGUCAGAAAAGUUAUAACGAAACUAAACCAGCGUGCACCGCGCAGAGCUUUGGAACAGUUGGACAAAUUUGGUCGGGGAUUAGGAAAAGUCAAUCAAAUCCCAGGGCAGAGACUGGACGAUCAAGCUGUACUCGAUAGGAUAACAUUUGAAAGUGAAAGAGUUACCGGAAGCCAUAGCGAAGCAUCUUCUAGAAGGAAUAGCGACGACGGAGGUAGAGCUAAAAAAGAAGUUAUUCGUGAUGAUGGGACAGUUUCGGAGCCACCAACAGCUAAUACAAGAAAUCAUAACGCUUGGGACAAUCUAAAUAGUUCAACAUCAACAACAAGAACAGAACUCAGUGUAUCUGAAAAUGGGAACGAUGAUCAGCAUCACAAUAGACUUCACCGUCGAAGCCAUGAGACAUCACUGCCAGGCACUCCACUACACCUCCAACCUCCUUGGCGGUCAUCCGACAAUCUCGCCCCGGAAUCAGCAUUCGGAACAUCACUAGCCGACAUCAUGGAGAGUCCUGGAAACAAGAUAUAUCUCCGAGAUGACCUAAGAACAAGUUCGCGAGACAGUUCCGAAGAGCGUCGCUACCGAGGCUGGAGGCUCGUGAAAAACGUGACGUCAGCCGCCGGAGCCUUCUCGCCUAAAUUCAAGCAAGGUCUAUCCACACAACCUGCCACUCCAAUGCCUAGUUUUCAGUCCAAGUCAGACAGUAAGAGUUCGGAUUAUGCAAAUACAGAUGACAGAAAAGACUCGGUGCCAAAAUAUUUCAACGAAAAAGAUGAUAACGUAGGAGAAACAAAUCCAGAAGGACUUGAUCCUGACUCCUUGAUGUUUAGAGACGGGAGACGCAGGAUUGACAUGGUUCUGGCUUAUGAGGAGGAAGAUUAUGGAGUUAUGACGGAAGCUGAAGCCAAAAAGAGAGAUCAUAGAAAAAUAUUUCAAGAGAAUCUGAUAAAAGAAGGUCUGGAGUUAGAAUUAGAAAAUAAAUGUCUAUCUUUUGAUGAGAAAACGUGGUUUCUAAAGAUACACAUACCUUGGAAGACUGAAAUAAGACUAGCAGAAGUUAUGGGAAUGAAAUUACCAACCAAAAGAUUUAUAACAAUUUCCGUAAGAGCUUGGUCUGAAGAGAAAAUAACAGAAAAGGAAAGAAAAUGGUACUCAAAAUGGCGAAGAAAAUGGAAGCAACUCUACGAAUAUGAACAUAGUCGAAUAGAGCCGGAACCCUCAUUUUAUGCUGCAACCGAACAAAAAGGAGUCCGAAGAGAAGAACAGUUCCUAGUCAAAGAUCGCCACACGCAAUUCUCUCCUGCGCAAAGAAGUAUGUUAGUUAUGCAGAUAUUACUUAGAGCAAGAUAUGACAGUAUUGAAACUAAGAUGGGUAUUCGCAGAUUACUUAACGAUGGCACUUACCUCGCUUGCUUUCCUCUCCACGAGGGACGCUAUGACCUCGACAGUCCAGAUGGAAGUACUACAGAUAGACGGUUACUCUAUCUGGAAUGGGCUCGACCUUGCAAGUGGUACAAGAAGCAGCCGCUGUGGCUCGUCCGGCGAUACUUCGGCGACAAGAUCGGUCUCUACUUCUGCUGGCUCGGCUUCUACACCAAGAUGUUGUACGCACCCGCCAUCGUUGGCACUUUGUGCUUCUUGUACGGGUUAGCCAGCAUGGAAUCGGACGAUAACAUUCCUAGCAAGGAGAUAUGCGAUGCCAGUGGGCCAGGCAACAUAACACUAUGCCCGCUCUGCGAUAAAGCGUGCCAGUACCAAAGGCUGUCGGACUCCUGUCUUUUUGCCAAAUUAUCAUAUUUAUUUGAUAACCCAGCUACAGUGUUCUUCGCUAUAUUUAUGUCUUUUUGGGCAACAACAUUCCUAGAGCUAUGGAAGAGAAAGCAAUCAGUAUUGCGUUGGGAAUGGGACUUAGGGGGUGUCGAUCAAGAUGAAGAGCCACGUCCUGAGUUCGAGACAUCAGUGAAGACAUUCCGAACCAACCCGGUGACGCGCGAGAAGGAGCCGUACUUGCCAGGCUGGCAGAAGACCAUGAGAUACGUCGCUACAAGCUCCGCUGUCUUAUUUAUGAUCACGAUAGUAAUGGGAGCAGUAUUGGGUACCAUCAUAUACCGGAUCUCAAUGGUAUCCGUUAUUUACGGAGGAAGUGGAUUUUUCAUUAAAAAGCACGCAAAAAUAUUCACAACCAUGACUGCUGCUGUUAUUAAUUUAAUAAUUAUUAUGAUUCUCACAAGGUUAUAUUCGAGGGUUGCUGUUUAUUUAACAAAUAUGGAGAAUCCUCGAACGCAGACUGAAUAUGAAGACUCUUAUACCUUUAAAAUAUUCUUUAUCGAAUUUAUGAAUUACUAUUCAUCGCUUAUCUACAUUGCAUUCUUCAAGGGUCGUUUUUACGACUACCCCGGCGACGAUCAAGCUCGCAAGUCGGAAUUUUUGAAGUUAAAAGGCGACAUUUGCGACCCCGCGGGCUGCUUGUCGGAGUUGUGCAUACAACUGGCUAUCAUCAUGGUUGGGAAGCAGUGCUUCAACAAUUUCUUAGAACUUGGUUUUCCCAAGCUCCACAACUGGUGGCGCCAGAGGUCCCACCGCGCGGUAACAAGAGACCCCAGCAAGCCACACAUGGCAUGGGAGCAAGACUACCACUUGCAGGACCCAGGACGACUCGCGCUCUUCGACGAGUACCUUGAAAUGAUUCUCCAGUACGGCUUCGUAACAUUAUUCGUGGCGGCAUUCCCCCUGGCGCCGCUGUUCGCAUUGCUCAACAACAUCGCAGAGAUCCGUCUGGACGCGUACAAAAUGGUCACACAAGCAAGAAGACCUCUCGCUGAAAGAGUAGAGGAUAUCGGAGCUUGGUAUGGAAUACUAAGAGGAAUAACGUAUGCAGCGGUUGUUUCUAAUGCAUUCGUCAUAGCAUACACAAGUGACUUCAUCCCUCGCAUGGUCUACAAGUACGUCUACUCGCCGGACUAUACAUUGGCUGGUUACAUCGAUCAUUCAUUAUCAUUAUUCAACACAUCGGACUACCGCGAGGACUGGGGCGCGGACGAGAACGAAGUGGACCCUGCGACGUGCGCCUACCGCGGCUACCGCAACCCGCCGCAGCACGCGGAGCCCUACGGCCUCUCGCCGCACUACUGGCAUGUGUUCGCAGCCAGGCUUGCCUUCGUUGUCGUCUUCGAGCACGUGGUGUUCGGUCUGACCGGUCUGAUGCAACUAUUCAUACCCGACGUGCCGACGGAGCUGCGCACGCAGAUGCAACGCGAGGCAUUGCUGGCUAAAGAGGUUAAAUAUGAACAUGGCAGACGACGUCUCUCCACUGAAUACAGGCAACUGAUCGCCCAGAAGAGUGACAUUGGUGAUAGGCCUAGUGGGAGUUGGUUGCGUCGAACAUCAAGAGCAUCGGACGGCCUUGACGCACACGUGGCAGUUGUUCAAAGACCCUCCUCGCCGACAAUAACGCAUUGAUGUCACAGUAAUUUUAACAGUGGUAGAGCCCGCUUUAACAUCUUCGCACGAAUGUACCGGCUCGCCCGGUGUAAUACCGUGACCA